AGGGACAAUGACUAGGCUGUGUAAACGCCAAUCUAUCUCCCCAUCCUAUUAAUCCUGCCUCCCCCCCAAUUUGGUUUGGUCCAGUCGCUAGGAGACGAAAGCGGAAGCGUGUCCCGAGGCAACAACCAGGCAAGAACAGCAUGGCGGCGAGCGAAGAGGUGCUCGCUUUGCAGGCUGAAGUUGCUUUUCGAGAAGAGGAGCUAAGGCUCCUCAGACAGCGCCUAGAGGCAGCGACGGCGGAGUCGCUCCCACGGCAGUCGCGUGAGCCGGCGCCGCUACCGCCGAAAGCUGUCCUGUCCCGGGAGGAGAUUCUUCGUUACAGCCGGCAGCUAGUCCUGCCAGAGCUGGGGGUGCGCGGGCAGCUGCGUCUGGCCGCCUCGUCCGUGCUGGUGGUGGGCUGUGGCGGCCUGGGCUGCCCUUUGGCCCAAUAUCUGGCGGCUGCCGGAGUGGGCCGCUUGGGCCUAGUAGAUCACGACGUGGUGGAGUUGAGCAACCUGCACCGGCAGGUCCUGCACGGCGAAGCGCGGGCAGGCCAGGCCAAGGCGCAUUCCGCUGCCGCCGCCCUGGGGCGGCUCAACUCUGCCGUUCAGUGCAUUCCGUACGCCGAAGCCCUCACCCCGGCCACUGCGCUGGACCUCGUCCGCCGCUACGACGUAGUGGCUGACUGCUCAGACAACGUACCCACUCGCUACCUGGUCAGCGACGCGUGCGUGCUGGCCGGCCGGCCUCUGGUCUCGGCCAGCGCGCUGCGUCUGGAGGGCCAGCUCACAGUCUAUCACUACGAAGGCGGGCCCUGCUACCGCUGUGUCUUCCCCACGCCACCCCCGGCGGAGACGGUGACCAACUGUGCGGACGGAGGCGUCCUGGGCGUGGUGCCCGGAGUGCUUGGCUGCCUGCAGGCUCUCGAGGUGAUCAAGAUCGCCGCCGGCCUCGGGCCCUCCUAUAGCGGCAGCCUCUUGCUGUUUGAUGCCCUCGGCGGUCAUUUCCGCCGCAUCCAACUUCGGGGCCGUCGUUCAGAUUGUGUGGUCUGUGGGGACCAGCCCACAGUGACCCGUCUGCAGGAUUAUGAAGCUUUCUGCGGCUCUUCGGCCACGGAUAAGUGCCGCACUCUGCAGCUGCUCACUCAGGAGGAGCGAGUCUCCGCUGCCCACUACAAGCAGGUGUUGGACACGGGGGAGCCUCACCUGCUGCUGGAUGUUCGGCCUAAGGUGGAGGUGGACAUCUGUUGCCUAUCCCAUGCCCUCCACAUCCCUUUGAGCCACUUGGAGCGGAGGGAUGCAGAGAGCCUGGAACUCUUAGGGGACGCCAUUAGGAAAGGAAAGCAGAAUAUCCAGAAAGGGACUCUUUUCCCCAUCUAUGUGAUUUGCAAGCUGGGGAAUGAUUCUCAAAAAGCGGUGAAGGUCCUGCAGAGUUUGUCAGUCAAAGAAUUGGACUCCUUGUUGGCCAGAGAUGUUGUGGGAGGUCUCAUGGCAUGGGCCACAAAAAUAGAUCCAACAUUUCCGCAGUAUUGAGUUUUGUGGUUCAUUUGUCUGAAAUAGAUGAUGGUCAAAAAGUGCAUCUUUCAACUGUGGAUUUCAAAAUUACCUCAAGGAAAUACCCAUAGCGUAUGAAUCCUAAUCCUUUAGGACUGCUUUACAUGGUCAGAUAAGGGGGGGAAUAGGUUAAAUGUUAGUCUCUGCAGAUAUAUUCUCUCUUCUGCCUAGAGAGUUGACUGUUAAAGCAGUCAGCUUGUUCAGGAGAGAUUUGAAAAUAGCUUAAUGAAUGAAAUCAAUCAAUUUAACAGUUGCUUGGACAAUUAAUGGUUUGCCUCGGAAUUUUGAUGUGGGUGAAUUUUUUUUGUUUUUUUUUUUUUGCCCAUAAGCAAUUAAGGUUCCAACUUGAGAUGUUUUGUAAUUAUGGUAGAAUUUAAGUGCAUCCAAUUGAAAAAAAUUGAACUCUUGGUAACAAAAACUAAAGUGGCACCCUGACUGUUGUAUGCCUCAUACAAUAGAAAUUGAAAUACUUGAUAUAGUUCAAAUAGUUUGUCACUUAAAGUCAAAACUAGAUACUUAGCUUUGUGAUUGAGUGCUUAUCUUCUUUGGUCCUUGAAAUAAAGUUAAUACUUGUACUAUCAAAUAAUAGUGAAAAUAGCAUUUAACUUUGUAAGAUGGCACUGCUCUGAAUAUUGUAAAGUACUUUUCAAGGACAUCCUUAGCACCCAGUUACUGGCAUUCAUUCUGUAGAGAUUCUCUUCUCAUUUCCCACACAAUUUUAUACAUGGGAGAUUUGGGGUAGUGAACAUCAAGGACUCCUUGAAUUAAAUGAGAAUGGGAGGUAAACCCAGGUCUUUAGGAUAGUCUCUGAAAGGAGACUGAUAGCAAAAUGAAGCUUGUCAAAGUUUAUGGGACCAUGCUAAUUACUAGCCACUGUUGAGGGCUGCUCCAAAGUUGAGACUGGUGCUAUUCAGAUUUACUAUAUUGUAUUCUAAUAAAUCCUAGGGUAAGAUGAAUUUACGAAGGCCCAAAUAAUCAUUUGCCUUAGGCUAAUGCCUUUGAAUGAUUCUGAAUAAUUUUUUUCAUUCUGUCAAUUUGGAGAAGACAGUUGAUACCUUCCAUGUAGAGAUGGGAAAGGAUAGAAAAAUAGUAUCAGUUCACAGUUUAUCUGGGAAUUUUAAGGUUUGCAAACGGCUUUCGUCACAAGGAUCUUGUUGGAGAGGUAAAGCCCAGAAAGUUAGUGACUUUUUGGUUUUAUUUAUAACUAGUAAGUGUUGGAAUAAAAAUUUGUACCCAGGUCUCUUGACUACAAAGUAGAGUAGAAAGUUUCAGACAAAAUGUUACUGUACUUACCAGUUCAUUGAGCUGCCUUCUGAAGGAGACAAGCCAUUUCAAUUCAGGGUAUGAUAGCAACGAUCUUUUCUAUUAUGGAAGCAUAUUAAAACUUUUUUGGUUUCUCUGGAAAUAUUAACAAUAUUUCACCUGGCCAAAACUCCAGACUUUUCCCAUUAGGAAAGUGGUUGGAAGGAAAACUGAGGUUUUUCUUAGGGAUUAAAUGGAUUAAUGGUGACAACUAAAUUUAAUGCUUUGUCUAGGGCUUCUUAAACUUUUUCCACUCGACCUUUCACCUAAGAAAUUUUUAUAUGACCCCAGGUAUAUAGGUAUAUAAAAUAGGUAUUCAAAACCUUUUACUGCUGCCAAAUUUCCCCCAUGUGGUUAAGGUUGCCAUCCACAGUUUAAGAAGCUUUGGUCUAGGGGCAGCUAGGUGGCACAGUGAGCACUGGCCCUGGAGUCAGGAGUAUACCUGGGUUCAAAUCCGG